CCCAAACCCUCCCAUCUCUCAGCACCUCACUAAACCCCAAAACGAUGUCGUCUCAGAAGAGACUAAUCACCCUGACGAGCUACGACGGCCAGAGCUUCAAGGUCGAAGAGGCGGUGGCUUUCCAGUCGGUGAUGAUCAAGACCAUCGUGGAUGACAUCGGCGCUGAGAACCCCAUUCCAAUUUCCAACGUCUCCGGCGUCAUCUUGAGGAAGGUGAUCGACUACUGCCGGAAGCACGCUGAGGACGGCAAAGAUUCCAAGACGGAAAGAAACUGGCGAUUCGUAUGGCCCAACAAAGACUCGCCUCUCAAGAAAUGGGAGUCUCAGUUCGUCAAGGUCGAGCAGAAGGAUCUCUUUGAGCUCAUUUUGGCUGCGAACUACCUGAACAUUAAGGGGCUGAUGGAUUUGGCUUGCCAAACUGUGGCAGAUAUGGUCAGGGGGAAGACUGUGGAAGAAAUGCGCAAGAUUUUCAACAUUAAGAAUGACUACACUGCAGAGGAAGAAGAGGUGGUUCGGAGGGAGAAUGCAUGGGCAUUUGAAGAUCUAGAGUCGGAGGGGAAAUCAUUGUCGGAGGGAGAACUGGGCAUUUGAGUAGAAGCCGACGGCUGUCUGAUUGGUAUCCGGUGUCGAUAAUGUGGAUGGUAGGAAUGUUGAUAUAACUAAGGCUGAUAAUUGUUUUCCCCUGGGGUUCCUGUGAAGUUUGUGUUUGUACUAACAAUGAAAAGGUGUUGUUAGGUUGCUUAGUGUUUUGAAGAAUUGCAAAUCUCUUUUGCUAUCCUAAUUGCAUGCGGAUUUUUAUUAGUGUAGGGUAGUUUUAGUCCUCUGCCUUCAGUAUUGUUUUUACUUUCUAGCUAUAGUCUUAUUCUCCAAAUUCUUGAAUGCUGCAACAAUGAACUUUGAAUGUGGGUUGCAAAGGUGGCUGUGCUGCUAUAGGAAUGUCUGAUCAGUUUUUUCUUGGCUUUUCCGCUGUAGCAUUGUUUUAUCCCAGUCUAUUCCUAGAUAAUUGGAUAUA